AUGAAGAAGUGGACGUGUCUCGUUUGUUCAUCUACUACGUGGGCCGCAAAGUGGGACCAGUCCAAAAAAGCCGAGGACAUGGAAAGUGCCUUCGCAGACACCGAUGAUGAAUUCUUUGAGUGGCUGGACCCCAGGACUCGCAGAGCCAUCGAAGAGUUGCGGAAGCCGGCUCGUGUCCCCACAGACAGCGGCAUGUCGAUCAGAGGUUGCAUUGAAGCCAUGGAGCUGAAGGGUGUGUGUUUGGCAUCUUCCUGGCCCUAUGAUAUUGGGAAAGUAAAUAGUAAACCCACGGAGGACUGUUUUAAACAGGCCUUGAGGUACAAAGUCGUGGAGAAAGAGCUGGUCCAGAAGGACACUAAUGUGAUGCGGAAGAAGCUCAGCGAAGGUCAUCCCAUCAUUUUCGGCCUGAAACUCUUUGAGCGCUUUUUGUCGCCCUCCCGGGGCGGCUUCAUUCCGACUCCCGAUGAAGGGGAGAAGGAGGCCGCCGAACACGGGAAGCAUGCGAUGCUCCUCGUCGGCUACAAUGACCGCAAGCAAGUCUUCAUUGUUCGAAACAGCUGGGGAAAAUCUUGGGGUGAGAAGGGCUACUGCUACUUAAAUUAUGACUAUGUGGCCAACCCCAAGUUCAACAUGGGACCUCUCUACAUCAUCAAAGCGCUUGGGGCCGAGGAAGCCGACCUUACUCCAGACCCAGAUGACGGCGAGGAUCCUGACUUGGAGGAUGACAGGGCGGAUCAGACGCUGGAGCUGGAAGAGGUCGAGGAGGAAGAGGCACCUGCAGAGGAGGAGGAGGAUGGCUUCGAUUUUUCCGCAGAGUUCACAGGCGAUAAACUUGUGCGGGACUUCUUCUUAGCGCACGACGGGAAGCUCAACCAGUGCGAGUUUGUACAUUGCCUCAAGAUCCACAGCAAGACCGAGGCUGGGAAGAACUUCUCUUGGUUUCCUGCUCAACUCUCCGUUUACAAAAGUGACCAGACCGUCUGGACCCCUGAGGAUUUCGAUGAAGUUGUAAAGAAAUGGUCAGAGUGA